ACUUCCGUGUUUUGAACAAAACAACUUCGAGGUUGUUUGUGUGAAUUUUGUGAAGAAAAACAACGGGAUGGGUCAUUUGGUGUGUAGUACAGGUACCAGGUCGAUGAGCUGGUAAACUUAACGAUAAAGUUAGAAGAUUUCAGACGAAAAUGUAUGUAACGUAACCAGCCGACAUGACGUACAUUGAGUUAAACCCAGAAGUGUUCUAGAAGACGUGAACCAUGCCUCCGAGUUCGGGUGAACUAUGGGGUCACCACCUUAUGCCCCAGCAAGUCUUGGUGGAUUGUCUGCUGCCAAAUGGCAUCCUUGUACAGCUUUACGUGAAUCGUGAUGCCACACUCGAGUCUAUCAAAGCCAAUGUGUGGAUCGAGGCUAAGAAAUUUCCUCUGUAUCAUUUACUGUUGGAUGCAGCAUCCUAUAUUUUUGUCAGCAUCACACAGGAUGCAGAAAAGGAGGAAUUUUAUGAUGAGACGCGUCGUCUCUGUGACUUAAGACUUUUUCAGCCAGUUCUCAAAGUUGUGGAACCAAAGGGCAACCGUGAGGAGAAAAUGUUGAAUUAUGAAAUUGGUAUGACAAUCGGAAUACCUACGAAUGACUUUAACGAGAUGAAGGAUCUAGAAAUUGUGACAUUUCGUAGAAACAUAUUGGAUGUGUGUAAAGACAGUGUGGCCCUUCGUGAGGCGGCAGGCAAAGAGAGUCUUGCUUUGUACGCCUACCCUCCUAAUGUGGAAUCCACGUCAAACCUUCCCAAACAUCUGGAGGACAAACUCGCUUCAUAUGAUAACUUUGUGGUAGUGUGUAUAUGGGUGGUGGCAGACGAUGGAAACAGGACUAAGUUCAGUGUGAAAGUGUCUCACAAAGCCACACCUAUAACAGUGAUAGCAGAGACAAUUCGACGUCGUAGUCGAAUGAUGGGAAUUACAAAGGAACACGCUGAGCGGUGUAUUGAUGUGUACAGUACUGCGUACGCCCUCAAAGUGUGUGGAUCUGAUCAAUUCUUACUACAGGAGUUCCCCAUCAGUCAGUAUAAGUAUGUGCGAGAGUGUGUCGGGAUUGACAAGAUUCCCCAGUUUAUGUUGCUGACCAGAGAAGGAAUAUAUGCAUCUCUGCCUGACAAUUAUUUUACAAUGCCUUCAUAUGCACAGAGGGGACUCCAGGCAUUGCUAGACAUAAACAACAAACAGACCAUCAGUCUGUGGGAGAUCCAGGCCAACCUCCGUAUCCGGAUCUUAUGUGCCACUUAUGUGAAUGUUAAAGAAUCAUGCAAGAUAUUUGUGCGAGCUGGUGUGUUUCAUGGAACAGAGGCCUUGUGUGAACCUCAGGAUACAAAGCUUGUAGAGUCCAACAAUCCGCGAUGGAAUGAAUGGCUCGAGUUUCUGUACAUCCCAGAUAUCCCUCGUUCAGCCCGACUUUGUCUCUCCAUCUGUUGUGUGUCCAAACGCAAAAAUAGGAAGGUGAUCAGUUACCCCUUAGCCUGGGGUAAUCUACAGAUGUUUGACUUUAAUGAUCGCCUCCUGAACGAGAAAGUCAGUCUGAACCUGUGGGCCAUGCCACAGGGGAUGGAUGAUUCACUGAACCCCAUAGGGAUCCCAGGCUCCAACCCUGACAAGGAAACUCCCUGUAUAGAGGUCGAGUUUGACAAGUUCAGCUAUCCGGUGUCCUAUCCACAUGAGUCUCACUUUGAGGAGCUAGCACACAUGGCGUUGUCACGGGAGAGGAGAUCACAAUAUCUAGAAACUACACAGAGCAGAAAGAAGGAAGAAGAACUUGUUAAUGACAUCAUCAAACGUGAUCCUCUAUCAGAAAUAUACGACCAGGAGAAAGAAAUCUUGUGGAAAAGGAGGGAGUACUGCCUACAACACCCACACUCUCUCGCCAAACUCGUGUCUGCUACCAAGUGGAACGACCGGGAACAAGUCGCUCAGUUAUACAUGCUACUGCGGAAAUGGCCCCAGUUAAAACCAGAGGUAGCCCUGGAGCUUCUCGACUGUUCCUUCCCGGACCAACAGCUACGGAGAUUCGCCGUCACUUGUUUUGAAAUGGGACUCACAGAUGACAAACUACAGCAGUUCCUUCUACAACUUGUACAGGCAUUGAAGUUUGAGCCCUACCUGGACAGCCCUAUAGCCAGGUUCCUGUUGAAGAAAUCCCUUCUGAACCAGCGCAUAGGCCAAUACUUCUUCUGGCUACUCAAGUCAGAGAUGCAUCAGAGCAACAUCAGACUCCGGUUUGGUUUAAUAUUGGAGGCGUUCUGUCGCGGCUGUGGUCCCUAUCUCCGUAUGCUAUCACGCCAGGUUGAAGCUCUGGACAAACUCACAAAACUCACCGACAUGUUGAAGAGUGAUGUGCGCGAGGAUGAUCAUCUCCGCGUCCUCCAGGAACAUCUUCGACAGCCGGAUUACCAGGAGGCUCUCACUAGCUUCAUGUCUCCACUGAACAACAGUCAUCGCCUUGGAGAUAUCAACUUGGAUGACUGUCGUGUGAUGAAAUCUAAAAAGCGACCUCUGUGGAUUGUAUGGACCAACCCUGACUCACUGGCUGACGUCUGGUUCCCAAAUUACAAAAUUAUUUUUAAACACGGAGACGACCUACGACAAGAUAUGCUGACCCUACAGUUGUUGGGGGUGAUGGAUGUACUGUGGAAGGAUGCAGGCCUAGAUCUUCGGUUGAUUCCGUACGGCUGUGUGUCAACGGGAAAAGACGUAGGAGUGAUACAGGUAGUGAGGCAGGCGGAGACUCUGAUGGAGAUUCAGGGAAAAGGAGGCAUGAAGGGGGCCAUACAGAUCGACUCCAGCGCCCUACACAAGUGGAUCAGCAUGAAAAACAAGGACCGGUAUGACCAGGCUAUUGACACUUUUACCAGAUCUUGUGCUGGUUACUGUGUCGCAACCUUCAUUCUGGGAAUUGGUGACCGUCACUCGGAGAAUAUCAUGGUUACAGAAGAGGGACAGGUAUUUCAUAUUGACUUUGGACAUUUUCUCAACCAUAAGAAAAAGAAGUUUGGAAUAAACAGAGAAAGAGUUCCAUUUGUGUUGACAGAAGAUUUCAUGCGAGUCAUAACCAGAGACUCUGACAAAGCCCAGAAACAGGAAAGUUUCAAAAGGUUUGCCAAGAUGUGUGUUGAAGCGUAUCUCGUGUUACGACAGAACUCCCAUCUACUUAUCAACCUCUUUACCAUGAUGCUUUCCUGUGGUAUACCGGAGCUCCAAUCUCUGGAUGACAUCAGCUACCUCCGUAAAACCCUAGCUGUUGAGAAAUCUGAGCGGGACGCUGUGGAAUAUUUCUCUGGACAAUUUAACAUUGCUGUUGGUGAACAGUGGAAACAGAAAGUAGACUGGUUUUUCCACAAUGUCAAAAACAUGUGAUGAAAAAAAUUGAAAAAAAAAACAGAUACAGGCAGAUGUGAUUCAUAGAAUGUUGAAUAGGUGUGAGGAACAGAAUGUCGAAUAGAUGUGAGAAACAGAAUGUCAAAAAGGUGUGAGGAACAGAAUGUCGAAUAGGUGUGAGAAACAGAAUGUCAUAUAGGUGUGAGAAACAGAAUGUCAUAUAGGUGUGAGGAACAGAAUGUCAUAUAGGUGUGAGGAACAGAAUGUCAAAUAGGUGUGAGGAACAGAAUGUCAAAUAGGUGUGAGGAACAGAAUGUCAUAUAGGUGUGAGGAACAGAAUGUCAAAAAGGUGUGAGGAACAGAAUGUCGAAUAGGUGUGAGAAACAGAAUGUCAUAUAGGUGUGAGGAACAGAAUGUCAUAUAGGUGUGAGGAACAGAAUGUCAUAUAGGUGUGAGGAACAGAAUGUCAAAUAGGUGUGAGGAACAGAAUGUCAGAUGCCUGAUAAUUAGAGUGUGUUGUGCGACUGACAGAACAUCAGACUUGCAUGAUGAACAGAAUUUCUGACACUUCUAAACAUAUUGUCAGAUUAGCGAUGGGUAGAAUGUGAAAUGUAUGUCAAGAAUCAAAUGCAUUUAUGCGAGAUGAACCGAACAAGAUUUCUUUUCAAUGAACAUAACCUGUAUUAAACAGGAAGUCAUAGGAACCAAGUGGCAUAAGUGAAAAUUUGUUUGUGUUUAGAAAUCACUACAGAACUUUUAUUACAUUGUAUGACUAGUAGUUAACAAUUAGACAUAAUUGUAUUAAAACGAUUGUCACACUGACAGAUCAAACCUAUGUUGUGGUCUGAAUUUAUCCACAAGCUGUGUAUUUGUCUUGUAGGGAUGUACCAGCCCAAAAUAUAUAAAUCUACUUGCACUUUCCUCGUCAAGCCGAGGAGACUUUAGUGCCUGCCCUUAUUUAUUUUCACACUUUCAAGAACUGUUGAAGUCGGAAAUGGUGUAUCUGUAGCUUUGAUGAAAAUAUUAAUCUAUUAAAAUUUCCGAGUACAUUGUACAUGUACUUGAUACUGUAAUUUUUUGGGAACUGGAAGCCGAGACAAUUUUUGUCCAUUGUAUCAUUUAAUGUUAGGUUGAUAGUUUAUUGUUUGUAUAUUUUAUUCAGUUUAUUGUUUAUUUGUUUAUAUCCUGAAUUCAGUUGUAUGGUUUUGAAUCAUACCUUGAUAUUUUACUUUAAUAGGUAUGGAAGAGACAUAUUGAGUAGUAAACUGACUUUGGCGCCCACACAUUUUAGCAAAAAAUCAAAAUUAAUCAGGUCAGUGCAAUGCUGAUCUGACACACCCUCAAACAUGCUGUAGAGUCUGUUAUUCAGAAGCUACAGAAUAUGACUCAGCAGAAUAUUUUCAGCACCAUUAUCACUAAAAAGAUAUUUACUGCUAAAUUAUGUACGUUUACACUAUUCAAUAUUGCAAUAAUGUUACAGGAGUCAUUCUAGGUGUUUUUAGUUUGAAUUUAUUCAUGAUUCACGGGCUGAAUUAUAUUGAAUAGUGCAAUGUUUGAGAUAUAUUUUCGUAGUAGUUAGUUGAAUUAUGUUGUAUGAUUAAGUUAGAGUGUGUAUUAUGAGAUUAUACGGAGAGCAGUAUUGCUAUUGUUAAGCCAUUUCUGCAAUAACAGUAUUCAGUGACUAUGGCAACUGCCCUUGGCUAAAGGAGAUUUUGUUUGAACUCUGACCUUUUGGUUUGUAUAACAAGUACCCGGUAGAUCAAUAUUUAUAGUUGUGAUUUACCAUACAACCUUCGUGAAAUCCCUUGCUAUCAUUAUGAUGCUGCUGAAGAUGUUUGUUGUAAAUUGUAUGAAAUUCCUCAACUUGAAUCUAGCCUCACUGAUAUGGUUGCCUACACCCCUACUAGUCCUGAUGCCCCACUGACAAACUAUUGUAUCAUUUUGUCCCACUAUCAAAAACAGCUGUAUUUUAAUCCAUUUAUACUUUUUAUUUACUUUUCAAAUCACCAUACAUAAUAUUGAGUAAAAAAGACGAAGAUACCAUGCAUUCAUUUUACACAUACAAAAUAAGAUAUUCAAAUAUUUAAUUUAUUCAUUUUUUUUAAGGUUUUAUUUUACACCAAGUUACAAGUACAAAUCUGAGGAACCAUGAGGAACCAUUCAAAUAACAGCAACAUCACAUUUAUUUUUUUGGGACCAAAUUAGAUUUUAAAAUUGUAAUUAAAAUUGGGGCCAGUGUUUUUCUUCAUUUUUUAUUACUUUCAUUAAUGAAUAACAAAAUCAAUCUUAAGCAGCCAAUUAUAAAUUUUAUGGUUGUGUUAUUUACGUUUAUACAAUGAUCAAGGAAUUUAUGUUGUGAGACUAGUACUAAAAAUUCAGGAUAUUGUUUUCUUCGCCAAUUACCUUGCUUAUAAUUUUUGUUUCUUGUCAAUGCCUUGUUUUACAAAUAUUCCUAGUCCCUAGGACAAGUCUUGAAGCUAUAGAAUCUGUCUCAAUGUAUUGAAGACGGAUAUGGCAGUUGUUUAGACCACAACAGAAUGACAAAGUAUAAAUCCUUGUGUGUGUAAAAUAAGAUGCCUUGUCUGCAAGCUUGUUCUUUCAGGGCUAUAUUCAAGUCAGAAGUGGAUUUAUCUAUGUAUAUUUAUUGGAUUUAUCUGUAAAUUAUUUUGGAUUUAUCUGUAUAUAAUUUUGGAUUUAUCUAUAUAAAUUUGAUAUGCUGUAAUAACACAAAACCAUACCUAUGUUGUGAUGUUAAAGUCAUUCUGACGUCAAUAUAAUAUUUUUAAAUUCAUGGAAAAUUUAUUUUUUUCCUUAAUAAAUGAUAAUUUAAGGAUUGAGAAAAAGAAGUCUGUAGAGAAUAGUGACAUGUAAAACAGUAGAAGUACUUUAUGACAUCACAGAUCCCAAUGUAAAAUAAUAGAAUUGACUUUAUGAUAUCACAGAUCCCCAUGUAAAAUAAUAGAAUUGACUUUAUGAUAUCACAAAUCCCCAUGUAAAAUAAUAGAAUUGACUUUAUGACAUCACAGAGCCCUAUGAUUCAACAUAUGUCAUCUUGAUAUUAGGGAAAUUCUGUCUUUCACAAAGUACAAUGUAUAUACAAAAACAGAAAUGUAUAUAGGGUCUAGUAAGUAAUAUAUACUGUAUGGUCCAAUAUAGGUAAUUGAUCCCAACAAAAAGAGGUUUGCUGGAUGUUUAUUACUAGUAAAAGGUAAUUAAUGUAGUAAUAACGACAGUAUAGACAAGUAAAUUGUCAAAUUUUUGAGGCAAUUUCCCCUUUUUCAGGAAAAGUAGAUUACAAAUGAUCAAAUACGAAACAGUUUUAUACAUUUAGUAGAUAAACAAAGAACAAUGUAGUUAUGUUUGUGUUAAUGAUCUCUUCCUUAAUUUGUCCUUUUGUUAUUAAUUAGAAAUUAUCUAAGGUAGUAUACAGAUGGUAUAAAAGGUUUGAUAAUUAAGUAACGGCGCAAGAUAAAACAGUUGUGAUGGCAGCACAAUUAUAAUGUUACAUAUUAAACCUUUUUAUCAGGAUAUUUAUUUAUAUCGAUCUGUACACCACCUAAUAUGUUUUCUAAUAAGUAACAAUAGGUGAUCGUUUGUAAUUCAAUUAUGUCUUUAUAAAGGAACUGAUUGCCUCUUAUAUUGGACAGUUUUCUUGCCUGUACUGUCAUUAUUACUACAUGACCAAUUUUAUAUAUAUAUAUAUUGUAUAUAUAGGAAAACAAAUAAUAGUGUCCUCGUGGAAGGAAAAUAUAUUGUAAAUACUAAAAACUGACAUGCUCAAAUUAAUGCUUUUGCUUCAUCAUGAUCUCCGAGUCUGAAGAGCUCCCAUGAUGGAGCGAAAACGUUAAUUUGUGUCUGUGUUGGUUUUUACUAUAUAUAUAUAUAAAAGGUUGUUUAAAGAAAACACAUGUACAGAGCUUUAUUAACCAACAGUACACAUGUAAUUCCUAUCCCCUUAUUAAACCAUACUGUACUGGGAGCUCCCUGUCAGAUUUAUAAGAGGUUGCUGUCAACACCAGGUAAUCCUACAUGGUCCUGGUUUGACAUGGUUGUCACUGUUUCCUGUUAAAAACACACUGUAUGUACGAAGUAUUUAUUGUCAAUUAGUAUUGUUAAUGGUAUAUAAGUUUUACUGAAUGGUUGUGACUGUUUAUACAGAGUGCGAGGUUGUAACAUAGCCACAACAUACAUACAGUUAAUAUUAUUUUACAUUGAGUGUUACAAUAUAUGUACCUACUUGUACAGUUAGAUCUGGGAUCACGUUUAUUUCAUAAGUGAUUGACAGAUGAAAUAAAGUGAAACAAAUCUAGUUUUCAUUUUAGUCAGAUUUGUCAAGUUAAACAAGAAUAUUUUGGACAAUUAUGAUAAUCUCAAAGUAUAAAAACAAAUCCAAGCACCUGUUAUACAUUAAAUUACCCACUGCCAGUGACAUCACUCUCUAUAUAUUUAUUGUCUUAAAUGAAACAUUGUUAUAUUAUGAUUAAGACAGUCCUUGGUUCAGGGGCCUCAUUGAACAUUAUUACAUGUCAUGAUACAAACAAUAGUUGGUUGUUAUGUGAUGUUUUCUUUGUUGUUUGUAAAAGAAACAUACUCCCUACAUCACAGGACCAAUACAUUUGCAUAUUUAUGUGUAAUUAAAAAACAAGAUAUGUUUUAUUUGCAAGUAAUUACAUUUUUUGUCCUUUUCUAUACAGAACAUGUUUCUGAAAGAAUGAUGAAGGUUGUAAAGGUUAUGGCUGAUUGUGAAAAAAAAUGAAUAAUAAUAUUUUUGUGAAAAUAUAAAUCACAGAUUUUUUGUAUAGCAUGAUGAUGAUUCAUGUGCACAAAAUAAAUGAAUAAAAAUAUAAAAUUA